AGUAGUAUAAGGCACAAGUCCCCCAACUCCGGGUUCCAGGCUUCGUAUCCUCACUUUCUGCAUCCUCUAACAAGACAAGCAUUCUAACAAGGCAAGUGAGGAAUGAUCUACAUAAUUACAACUACACCUCGGUGCAUAGUACCUCCUAUUACGCAAUAUUUCAUGCAGUCAACGGACGACACACCAGGCCAUCUAACCAACGCGGGAUCGGAAUAAGAUCCAGAACGUCGUUUGAGGAUAUCCGUUGAUGGCCUGUUUACUUUCGCAUUGUCAGUUCCGUUUCGCCUACUGCGUACAGAGCCAGGGGUUUCUUCUCUAGCGCCUGUUAGGUGAAUUAAUUAGUAGGGACAGGGUAGGGAUGGUACGUUAGAUGCGUGUAAAUAGAGUUCUGUUGAUAUCUACCACAGUCCAAGUUGCCAGUUCUCAUUCGGUACUUCCCUCUAUCAUGCUAUAAUACCGAUCGUGGUAAUAUGCUGGGACAAUUGACGCUGUUAGACACUAUAAGCGCGGUAAACUGGAUAUCCUGGGUUGAAAUUUCACAUGAACCUCCGUUCCGCUUAACGACAUGCAUGGCUUUACCGAUCGCUAUUGAUUUCUACUCGAGUCAACCAGAGGUCCAAAUCCUAAUAGGGAAGUUUUGGCUAGCGAAUUCAAUUGUAACAAUGGGUGUUGUCUACCUUCAGUUGUGGAUGAAAAUUUUGUAGUAUUUCUCGUG